AUGAAGGAACCUCGAGGGUUUGUGAGAAUUCUGCAGCUGCUUUUCGCCAUUUUUGCAUUUGCAUCUACAAUCAGCUUCUAUGGACACAUACAGAUAUGUAUUGGGCACCCUUGUAAUUCUUCAGCGGUAGUUUUGACGUUCCCUUACCCAUUUGCACUGUCUUCUCUGAAAAUACCCGAUUCCAUUCGUCCACUUGAUUUCCCGCUCUAUGGGGACUUCUCAUCUGGCGCGCAGUUUUUUGUAUUUGUCGGAGUUAUAACAGCUCUAUAUUGUGUUGGAGCUCUAGUCCUAUACACUGUCUUCGUUGACAAAUACGAGUCGAAUGUGUUUUUUAGAAAAGUGGACUUCGGAUUGAGCACUUUUAUCGUUCUCUUGUGGUUCAUUGCUUCCACAAUUUGGGCGAGGAACGUUGACCAGCUAAAGCGUUACACGUCUGAGGGAGUUAUCAAAAGGGAGCUAUGCCAACACAAAGAUUGCGAAAUAGAAGCUCCACAAGGAUAUGCCGGAUUAAGCAUAUCCUUGGUAUUUGGUUUCUCCAAUGUUGCACUCUGGGCCGCGUCACUUUGGUUCCUGUGGAAGGAGACCCCCUGGUUUCGCCGUGAGAGCGAUCCUUUGCGACAUGAUCCCGUCUUACCCGAAGUUGACGGCGCUCCUCUGUAG